CGUGUCAUGGGGCUGUAGCUGCGGCCGCUGCGGGCUUGAGGAGGGGCGGCGGCAGCAGCAGCAGCGCUCGCUCGCGGGGUCCCUGGUCGCCUGCAUGGAUGUCUUCAGCUUUGUGAAGAUCGCGAAGCUCUCGAGCCACAGGACAAAGUCUUCAGGCUGGCCACCUCCCUCAGGAACCUGGGCCUUGAACCAGGUGCCGCCCUAUGGAUGGGAGAUGACGGCAAAUCGAGAUGGGCGAGAGUGCUUCAUCAACCACAUGACACAGGCAAUCCCAUUUGAUGACCCUCGCUUAGAGAGCUGCCAAAUCAUCCCUCCGGCUCCUCGGAAGGUGGAAAUGAGAAGGGACCCCGUACUGGGAUUCGGUUUCGUGGCAGGGAGUGAAAAGCCAGUGGUCGUUCGCUCAGUCACACCAGGUGGCCCUUCGGAAGGAAAGCUGAUCCCAGGAGAUCAGAUUGUGAUGAUUAAUGAUGAGCCAGUCAGCGCUGCCCCAAGGGAGAGGGUCAUCGACCUGGUCAGAAGCUGCAAAGAAUCGAUACUUCUCACUGUCAUUCAGCCUUACCCAUCUCCCAAGUCAGCAUUUAUCAGUGCUGCUAAGAAGGCCCGGUUGAAGUCGAACCCAGUCAAAGUGCGCUUCUCUGAGGAGGUCAUCAUCAAUGGUCAAGUGUCGGAAACUGUUAAGGACAAUUCACUUCUUUUUAUGCCAAAUGUUUUGAAAGUCUAUCUGGAAAACGGGCAGACCAAAUCAUUCCGUUUUGACUGCAGCACCUCCAUAAAGGAUGUCAUCUUAACCCUUCAAGAGAAGCUCUCCAUCAAGGGCAUCGAGCACUUCUCCCUCAUGCUGGAGCAGAGGACCGAAGGGGCUGGGACCAAGCUGCUUUUGCUUCAUGAACAGGAGACCCUAACUCAGGUGACUCAGAGGCCCAGCUCCCACAAGAUGAGGUGUCUCUUCCGAAUCAGCUUUGUCCCGAAGGACCCAAUUGACCUUUUACGGAGAGACCCAGUCGCUUUUGAGUAUCUCUAUGUUCAGAGCUGCAACGAUGUCGUCCAAGAGCGUUUCGGGCCGGAGCUGAAAUACGACAUCGCCCUGCGGCUGGCGGCGUUGCAGAUGUACAUUGCCACCGUUACCACCAAGCAGACCCAGAAAAUCUCCCUCAAAUACAUCGAGAAAGAAUGGGGAUUAGAGACUUUUCUUCCUUCUGCUGUGCUGCAGAGCAUGAAAGAGAAGAACAUAAAGAAAGCACUUUCACACCUUGUCAAAGCAAAUCAAAACUUGGUACCACCGGGUAAAAAGCUCUCUGCGCUGCAAGCCAAGGUCCAUUACCUCAAGUUCCUCAGUGACCUUCGAUUGUACGGGGGCCGCGUGUUCAAGGCAACGUUAGUGCAGGCAGAAAAGCGCUCAGAAGUGACUCUCCUGGUUGGGCCCCGGUACGGCAUCAGCCACGUCAUCAACACUAAAACCAAUCUGGUGGCUCUUCUGGCUGACUUCAGCCACGUCAACAGAAUCGAAAUGUUUACGGAAGAGGAGAACUUGGUGAGGGUGGAGCUCCAUGUGCUAGAUGUAAAGCCCAUCACCCUCCUGAUGGAACCAUCAGAUGCCAUGAACUUGGCCUGCCUGACAGCAGGAUAUUACCGACUCCUUGUGGAUUCCAGAAGAUCGAUAUUUAACAUGGCUAACAAGAAGAACAAUACAGGGACCCAGGAAACAGGAGCUGAGAACAAAGGGAAGCAUAACCUCCUUGGCCCAGACUGGAACUGUAUACCCCAGAUGACCACCUUCAUCGGCGAAGGCGAACAGGAAGCCCAGAUAACGUAUAUCGAUGCAAAACAGAAGACAGUUGACAUUGCAGAUGGCACCUUGUGUCCCAAAGACCACCGGCCCUUGUACAUAGACAGUGCCUACACCCCGGAGGAACUGACUGCACAGCUGGCCCAGCCGGGUGACGUCCCCUGCGAGGCCGACUACCGAGGGCUAGCUCAGCGGUCUCUGUUGACCCUCUCUGGGUCAGAAACUCUCAAGAAAGCACAGGAGUCUCCCAGAGGAGCUAAAGUGUCCUUUAUCUUUGGAGACCUCACCUUGGAUGAUGGCCUGAGCCCCCCGCCUCUUGGCUAUGAAAGACUGUUGCAGGAGAGUCCAGAGAUGCUGGAGAAGCAGAGGAACCUCUACAUCAGCAGUGCCAACGACAUGAAGGGCCUGGACCUCGCUCCGGAUGCAGAGAGCAUCCAGUUGGUGGCAAACUCUGUCUACGCCAACAUAGGCGACGUGAAGAACUUCGAGGCUGCGGAAGGGAUCGAGGAGCCCCUCCUACAUGACAUCUGCUACGCGGAGAACACGGAUGAUGCUGAGGAUGAGGACGAGGUGAGCUGCGAGGAGGACAUCGUGGUGGGAGACAUGGACCAGCCGCCCAUCCUCAGCCUGGCCGGGUCCAGUGACGACAUCAUCGACCUCACAUCCCUGCCCCCUCCGGAGGGCGAUGACAAUGAGGACGACUUCCUGUUACGCUCCUUGAACAUGGCAAUCGCCGCUCCGCCACCUGGCUUCAGAGACAGUUCCGACGAGGAGGACUCUCCGGGCCAGGCAGCCUCCUUCCGCGAGGACAAGGAGCGAGGCGGUGAGCUGCACAACGACGAGAUCCCCGUGUCCCUCAUCGACGCCGUGCCCACAGGCCCAGAGGGCAAGUGUGAGAAGGGGCUGGACAGUGCCGUGGUCUCCACGCUGGAGGCCCUAGAAGCCCUGUCCGUGUCUGAAGAACAGCAGACCAGUGACAAUUCAGGUGUAGCCAUCUUGCGGGCCUACAGUCCCGAGUCUUCAUCAGACUCGGGCAAUGAGACGAACUCUUCUGAAAUGACAGAGAGUUCGGAGCUGGCCACGGCGCAGAAGCAGUCCGAGAACCUGGCCCGCAUGUUCUUGGCCACCCACGAAGGCUACCACCCCCUGGCCGAAGAGCAGACGGAGUUCCCUGCCUCCAAGCCUCCCCCUGGCGCCUUGCCCCCCAAGUCCUCCCAUGCCCUGGCGGCUCGCACAGCGGCCGACCUCCCCCCCAAAGUCGUGCCUUCCAAGCAGAUCCUUCACUCGGACCACAUGGAGAUGGAGCCUGAGACGAUGGAGACCAAGUCAGUCACGGACUAUUUCAGCAAACUGCACAUGGGGUCGGUGGCCUAUUCUUGCACUAGCAAGAGGAAAAGCAAGCUGGCUACUGGAGAGGGCAAAGCGCCCCACAACGGGAGCGUGCCAGGGAAAAAGCAGCAGGGGACCAAAAUAGCCGAGGGAGAGGAGGACGCCAAAGGGACGUUUGGGACUGUGUCCUCCAGGGACAGCCAACACCUCGGCGCUUUUAACCUGGAGAGAACUGCCUUUCGCAAGGACAGCCAAAGAUGGUACGUGGCCGCCGACGGAGGGGCGGCCGAGAAGACUGGCCUGGAAGCAGCCGCAGGGAAAAGCUUUGCAAGAGCUUCCAGGGAGGCCGAAGGGAAGGAGGAAGGGGCUCCGGCUGGCGAGGCCACUGAAGGCCCCGCGCUCGGCCCAGAGGACCACUUCUUAGCUGAAGUGGCCUGUGUAUCCUCCGCCCAAGACAUGAGCAACCCGGAGGACGCCGACUCAUCCACCCAUGAGCCUCCGCCCAAGCUGCCGGAGGCCGAAGAGAACGUGGCCCGGCUCUGCGAGUACCACUUGGCCAAGAGGAUGUCGUCGCUGCAGAGCGAGGGCCACUUUUCGCUGCAGAGUUCCCAGGGCUCCUCAGUGGACGCGGGCUGCGGCACGGGCAGCAGUGGCAGCGCCUGCGCCACGCCCGUCGAGUCCCCCCUGUGCGCCUCCAUGGCCAAGCACCUGAUCCCUGAAGCUGCCGGCAAAGGCGUCCCCUACCUGGCCCCAGAGGAGAGAGCCGCGGGCCUCCCGGGCCACGGAGCCCCGUUUAAGGAGGUCCACCCUCAGCCGGAGGGGAUGUGCCCUCGGAUGACAGUGCCUACGAUGCACACAGCCAUUAAUGCCGAACCCCUGUUUGGCACUUUGCGAGAUGGAUGUCAUCGGCUCCCCAAGAUUAAGGAAACCACAGUGUAGCUUUGACAGAGCCUGGGAAGGAGAGACAAGGAGGCAUGCCUUCAGCUUGGUCUCAACAUCCUGAAGCUGAUCCCAUCCUGCUACCAUCAACCAUUCACUUGGAAUCAAAGGUGCCAAUUGAAAAUCAAGACCCUAAUGAUUUCUCCCAAGCAAACCAGGCAUACGGAGGGGCUGUGAGCUGGAGGCCACCGGCCCCGAGAGGAGGAAGCCUCGGGACACCACCUAGCCAGAGGGUGCUGAGACGAAGCAGCAGUGCCCUCCUGGGAUCUGUAGGCCUGGACCCCCUCCGAGAGAAGGUCACGGGUGCGGUCAGUGUCAAGUGCCCAGGUAUCACGGAAGCACCAGAGACCAGUUCGGAGAGACACGUGGAACUCCCCCUGGGGAAGAAGCUCACCAAAAGUUUUUCCCAAAGCUCGAUGCACUUCAGCGUCGAGGGAAAGGCCCAUAAAAGGUCCCCGGUGACUCAGAAAGACUCAAAGCUGUACAGGACAUUACCCUUGCGGAAGCUGGAAGGCAGCAACUGGAGGUGCCGAGGACCUUUUAGCUACUGCUUCCUGAACCGAGGGCAGGAUGAUGAUGGGGAUGAGGACGAUGAGGGGGAAGAGGUCACCCGCAGGGUCUCUUGCCUCUAUCAGCCGCAGAUGACUCAAGCCAUGCCAGAGCCAAGCAGCCCAUCCCUGGCUGUUGAGAUUCCCAGGAAAGGAGAAGAGCUGUCCAAAGGCUCAGUGCUGAAAGCCUGGGAGGAAGACCUGAGUGGCCCAGAUGACUUGGACUUCAGCAACCUGGCUUUUGACGCCCGGAUUGCACGAAUAAAUGCCCUAAAAGAGAGCACAUACUCAAUGCCCGAUGGGUUCCUCGCAGCCCAGAAUGAUGCCAAUGAACUCCUCUGCCUCGUCAGGGCAACCACGGGGAAGAGGGAGGAGCCGCGCCCAGAAGCGUAUGACCUUACGCUUUCUCAGUACAAGCAACUGUUGUCCAUCGCAUCCAGACAGUUGGGAAGUGCCUGUAGGAAAAUGGCAAUGGCCGAGAAAAGCCCAGAGGAGAUGCUCCUAGCCAUGGCGUCCAGCUUCCAAGUGCUCUGCUGCCUAACGGAAGCUUGCAUGCGCUUGGUUAAAGUCGUGAACUCGGAAAGCCAGCGGCAGGAGAUUGUAGCAAAGAUCGACGAAGUGGUCAUCAACUACAUUUGUCUCCUGAAAGCCGCGGAGGUCGCUGCUGGGAAAACGGUUGGGGAUCCCACUGUUGGACUCUCAAUGCGACAUUCAACCACCAUGGCUGCUAUCGUAAGCACACUAACACGUUCUCUCAAGAUGCUUUUAAAUAAAUAAAGUGUGAACGUCCCGUCAUAAUCUACCUUUGCAAAGCCAUACAUGAACUUUGAUUUACUUUAUGUGUACGAUGAACAGAUGUCUCCUUUCUUCUGUCUGUAUAUUUUGUUAUUUUAUAUAAAAUAGGAGAUAAAAGUCACAUUGAUGAAAUGUUGAAAUGUACUAAUCAGAUAUAUUCUGUUUAUAUUAUACAUAUAUAUAUACAUGUAAAAGAAAUAUAUUAAGAAAGUGAUGACAUUUGGCUAUUUUUCAUAUAGUCGAAACUCCAGGUAUAUGAUGUGAAAUUUUAAAUUCUACUGUGUUAGAGAAAAUCAAUGACCCUAGUCCAUUUCUUUCCAAGCGGACACUUGGAGACCAUAUCAUUCAUGUUUAGAAGGACAAAAGAAAUACAUCAAUCACAAUGUAUAUAAAACAGUAAUUAUGUUUUAAAGGUAUGAUUUUUAAGCAUUGGAAAUAGCAAAAGAGGUUUAAAAUUCAAGAAGCUAUUAUGACUUACUAGAGGAGAUAUAUAUAUAAAAUAAAUCAAGUUUUUGCUCAU